AAACAAAUGAAUAUGACAAAAUGUAUAUUUUUUUAAUGUUAAAUGGGCCCACCCCUUCAACAUGCAUCUGUAAUUCUACAUCUCUCUCUUCGACUCCAUUACGCGAGAGACCAUUGGCCAGGCGUCAUCUUCGUCGCCAUCAUCGGCCAUCACACAGCCAUCACCACCACUACAGCAUCCUUGAGCCGCUUCAACGCCAUGGUGCUCCCGUCGUUCAGCACCGCCUUGUACACCGCCCCAGGCUCUCUUUCCCCAACAUCUCCGCCAGUGCCCACAUCAAAUCCUCCAGUUCAAACUGCUGCCUCUGGUCAAAAAACACCAGCUUGCUUCUGUCGGUCGGAGGCGGUGAAGAAGUGCGAGGCGAAGAGGGUCUGUCUGUGUAGCACCAGUAGGACGAUGCGGCCAUGGAAACCGUAUGAAGUGGAAUCGAAGCUCGGCGACUCAGAUGAAGGCAAUUGAAAUCUCGGAAGUUCAGAACGUCGAUUGGGAUUGGAAGCGUGGUGGGGGAAUCCCUGAAAUUGGGGGUUUGUUGUUUGACCAAUUGCAAACGAGAGGCAUUCUUUAAGCACGAGGCCAACCUCGGCGACGAAGGCAUGGAGGCCGUCAGAGCCGCCGUGGCCCUCGAGGUUGAGAGCGAAGGAGGCAGAGUGUUCGGCAGAGGAAAGGAAGAAUGGAUGAAUACAUCAAAGUUCAAACGAGACCUACCUCAGUUGUUUAUUUUAUUUUAUUUUAAAUAAAAUAUUAAUGAAUUGAAAUAAUUUUGAAUAGUUAAGUAUUUUUUCUUUCUCAAAAAAAAAAAA